UGAUGAUUCACAGUUUCAUGUGUUUAUGUGUUACUCAAAUAACGUUGGACAUGGCUCAAUAUUUUGGUGUAUGUACCAAGAAGUCAUUUAUUAGUCAUGCAUGGGUAAAAAACACUGCAAAACAUUGCGUGUGACAUGAUUUAUGUUCUCUAUGUCACUGUGUGUAUACGUACGUGGGCCGAUUGCCAAAAUACAGCACCUUGAUAGCACUGCGCUGCCUUGUGCACUCUGAACCAAUCAGGAUGUCUUGGAGUGUGACGUCACGCGUCACCAUCCGUGACGUCGCGUUCAUUGAUAAAAAUGACUGUGCGCUGCAUGCGAAGUGCGUAGGCUCCAGGUCGAAGUGAAAACUUCUGUGGGCUCGUAGUAUAGUAAGAUCCGUGUAAGAAAAUCAUCUUGGAGUAGUUACAUCAUUUCGAGGUGCGGGAACGGAAGUUGUAGCACAAAAUCUGUGACGAUCAGAGAAAUAUACCAAUCGAAAUUCCGUACCGGCAGAAGCGUAGCAAAGAUGUUGGAAUUAACGAGCGUGACUCUCGGGCAGUGGAAGUUGUGGGACGGGCCUCAGUAUCACGGGUUCUGUCUGGGUGUCUGUGUCUCUGUUGCGCUGGUGAUGUGCGUCAGUGUGUAUUACUAUUUCGUCAAGGUAGCCGAUAGGUGUACGUGCACGACUCGUCUGGACGGGAAAACAGUCAUCAUUACAGGUGCUAACACUGGAAUCGGGAAGGAAACAGCCGUGGACUUGGCCCAUCGGGGCGCGCGCGUGAUCCUGGCCUGCCGAUCCGAAUCCAGGGGCAUACAAGCGGAGAGGGAAAUUCGUGAGCAGACGGGAAACAGCCACGUGCAUUUCAUGCGCCUGGAUCUUGCUAGUCAAGAAUCAGUCAAGGAAUUUGCCCAGGAGUUCUGCAACAGGGAGGACAGGCUAGAUAUUCUGAUCAAUAAUGCAGGCGUGAUCAACGACGGCAGCGCCCAAACGGCGGAGGGAUACGAGCUCAGCUUCGGUGUGAACCACCUCGGCCACUUCUUACUCACCAACCUCCUGCUGGCCAAGCUGCAAAGUAGCUCCCCAAGCCGCGUCAUCAAUGUGUCCUCCGAUGCCUACCAGCUCGGGCGACUCGGUUUCCAAGACGGGGCGGGGCUUCUUUGUGGGAAGGAGGGGAGGGUCAAGCUGUACGCGAGGAGCAAACUGGCCAACUUGCUGUUCACACACGAGCUUGCCAAGACCAUGGAAGGAACAGAUGUUGCCAUCUUCGCACUGCAUCCUGGUUCCAUCAACACGGACAUCAAACGCAACUGGGCCUGGUGGCUGCGCACCCUCUCUCCUCUCAUCUCCUUCCUCUUUCUCAAGACGACGACAGAGGGCGCCCAAACCACCAUCCAUUGCGCAGUCGCCGAGGACCUGCAGAAGCAUUCUGGGAAAUACUUCAAAGGGUGCCGGGUUCAGAAAGUGGCGCCAAUGGCCCGAGAUGACAAAUUGUCGAGGAAAUUGUGGCGUGUCAGUUUACAGAUGACCGGACUCACUAACACAUGAAGUAUUCAAAUACUUGUACUAUUUAUACAGUGUAAAUAUUUUAAACUAUUUUAAUGAUAAUCGACCUUCCCAGAUGAUCUUGACGACAUGCUAACAAUGUUUCUAAGUGUUGUAAAGAAAAUGCAAGUAAGCACAAGAUAUAAAGAAGGCUCAUGUUUACUCAAAAUGGUGUUUUAGGUUGGUAACCUACUAAACUUAUAUAGCCCAUAUUCAACAAGAUAUACAAAGCAAUUUAUUAUCAAGACAAUCAAAAAUUACCAAAGAAGAAUGUUACACUUUGACCGGAUGUUACUAGGACUUGAGCUUGAGCCUGUAUUCAUUUUUCGUUCCAGUGAGGGCGCACAUCCUCAUAUUGUAGAUAGAGUUUUGUCAACUUUUAUCUUUGUGAAACAAAAUACGUUUGUAAAUACAAGAACUGAUAAAUCAACAAAUAAAAUUUCUUGUGUAUUUAAACACUA